AUCACUUCCCUACAAUUAUCCUAUUUUCUGUCUGUGUGUCUGUCUCUGUUACUGUCGUCAUGCCGUUUGUCGCUCCCCCCGGCUAUCAGCCAGUCUACAACCCUAUGAUUCCUUAUCUGGGGCCAUCUAUGGAUGUCUGAGGCCCGGAAUGUCCAUUUAUAUCCAGGGUUCCCUUCCUGAAGAGAUGACCAGGUUCUUUAUUAACCUGCGAUGUGGCCAGUCUGAGGACAGUGACAUCGCCAUCCACUUUAACCCUCGAUUUGACGGCUGGGAUAAGGUGGUCUUCAACACCUGCCAGGAUGGCUCAUGGGAGUCAGAGGAGAAAACUCAUGACAUGCCUUUCUCCAAAGGACAGGCCUUUGAAAUGGUCAUCGUCGUCACUGCAGAGGGGUACCAGUUCAAAGUCAAUGGAGAAGACUUCUACACGUAUGCACACCGAAUCCCUGUGGAGAGAGUGUGCGCUCUGCACAUCGCCGGAGAUGUUAACAUACAGACAAUUAACGUCAUUGGGGGUGGGAUGGGAGGCGGCAUGGGAGGUGGAUAUCCAGGAGGUGGCAUGGGGGAAGGAUACCCAGGUGGAUAUCCAGGUGACAUGGGAUGUGGAAUGGGGGGUGGCUAUCCAGGAGGAAUGGGAGGUGGUAUGCAGGAAGGAUACCCAGGAUCACAUCUGCCGGUUAUGGGUGGACAGCCAAUAUACAACCCUCCGAUUCCCUACUCCAACAUGAUCCCAGGAGGGAUGUUUGUAAAGAGGACCAUCAUCAUCAGAGGCAUGGUGUCCUAUGGAGCAGAAAGAUUUUCUGUUAACUUCCUGGUGAGCGAAUCGUGGAACAAGGCACUCCAUAUCAACCCCAGACUGAGGCAGGGGAUUGUCGUGAGAAACAGCAUGAUCGAUGGCAGCUGGGGUCAGGAGGAGAGAGAGCUGAUGAACAACCCCUUCAUGGAGGGCCAGUACUUUGAUAUGUCCAUUCGCUGUGGGAACCAGAGGUUUAAGGUGUUCGUCAAUGGACAGCAUUUGUUCGACUUCUUCCACCGGCUGCCCUUUACCCAGAUCGACAUGCUGGAGAUUGAUGGCGAUGUGCAAAUCUCCUACAUCCACUUCUGAGACCACAAACACCAUUCAUGUGUUCAUGUUUCUGCUCCUCUGUGACAUUUCAGACCUCUAUGAUGGAAUAUGAUCAAAUCAUAAUUUUCCUGUGAAGAUAAAUGACGUCGUCAUCAGCAUAUCAUCUGUAUCCUGUCAAACAAAACAAAUUAACAUC